AUGUCUGAAAACCUCACUUCUGAAGUUAGUAAUCAGAAUAAUAUAUCUACUACAAAAUCAAACAAUCAUGAAGAUAAGACAGAAUUGAAUGAUCUACUAAAGCAAUUAAACUUAACAAUAAUAAAUUUGGAAAAGAAAAGAAAAAAUAUACUAGAGCAAAUAAAUGAAAUAGUUGAAUCACCAAAGACUGAAGAGAACAAAUCCAAAUUACAACACUUGCAAGAUGUACUUAAUGCAUUUGAUACCAAAAUAAAAGAAGCUUAUGCAACUCAAGAUAAUUUAAAUCAAUUUGAAAAAGAAUCUCAAGUUGCGUUCCAAUUAGCUCAAGAUCAAUUAGAAAGUCCUGAUCGGCGGCCAGAUGAUGGAAUAAAAUUAAAUGAAGAAGGUUUACCAUUUAUGGAUAUACAAGAAGAAGUCGAUGAGAAUGGAAAUGUUAUAAAUUCAAAGAUUAAUAAUGUUGCAAUUAAUGAUAAAGAUAAUAUUAGUGAUUAUGAAUCACCUUUGAAAAAAAAAAAGUCCGACCAAAUAACUGAAACUACAAGUGAUGAAAAAUUGAAAGAGAAAAUAUCUAGAAAUGAUAAUGAAUUAAAGCAAUUGUUUCAUGAUAUGGAAGUAAAUCCUAGUAAACAACAUCAAAGAUUACAAGAAAAUUAUUUAAAUCAAGAUGAAUUGUUAGAUAAAAUUGAUCAAUUACAAAUAAGUCCGGAAGAAAAAUUUAAUUUGAAAAGAAUAUGUGUUGAAGCAUUCAAGGAUUAUAAUGAAGAUGAGCAUCAAGAUUUAAAAAGUAAACAGCCAAUUGAAAAAUCAUCCACUAGUACUCAAAGCAACAUCAAAUAUCCAUCUGGUUUAGACAGAAAUAAUUUACUAGAGUUAGAAUUAUUAGCUGAUGAUAUGGAUCAAGAUGAAGAAAUGAAAACCAGCGAUAAUGAUGAAGAUUUUGAUUAUGACUUUGAUGAUGAUGAAGACGAUGAAGGAGAUGAAGAUGAUUAUGCUGAUCAAUUAUUAUAUGGCAACAAUCAAAAUUCUCCCUGGAUAGGUAAAGAUAACGUUCAUAAUCAAUCAAAUAAAAUGUUGUAUGAUCAAAUAAUGAAUUUAAGAGGUAACAAAGAUAAACAAGAUACAUCAAAUGGAAACACAAUUGAAGAACUUAAUGAAAAAACGCCAACGCAGGAUAAAAAGAGCAAAAAAUCAGUAAGAUUCCUGAAUAAUUUAGAUAUUAAGGAUAUUGAAAAUGUAUCAGAAGAAUUAAAAAAAUCUGAGUUAUUAAAUACUAGAAAAUCUUUAUUUAAACAAAAUAGAUUAAGAAAUGGGACAAAUAAAACUCAAGAUGAAGAUAUUAUAGAGACAGACAAUCAAAAUUAUGUAAAUAAAGCAGUUGAAGAUACGAUUGUUGAAAAAGAUUUAAUUGAUGAUGAUGAAAGAAUUACUAAUGAUAUAGUGGACAAAAUUGAUGAUGGAGAUAAAAUCCAGGAAGAUGAGAUAGUUGAGAGUAAGUCUAAUGAAGAUAUUCUAGAAUCACCAAAAAAACCAAUAUCAAGAUUCAAAGCUUUAAAACAACAAAGAGUAAACAAUGAAAAAUCAAUGCCGGUUCAUAAUUUUAAAAUUAGUGAUUUAAACAAUAACAAACCAAAGGAAGAAAAAGCAAUUGGUAAUUUAGCAAAUAAUGAGAAUGAUAUACAAGACAUACCCAAUAAUCAGCAACAUGUUAGAGAUACAACAUUAGAUUAUCAAAAUUUAAAUAAAGAUUUAGAUACAAUGGCGAAAGCUUACGUUAUGGGAAUGUAUGAUGAUGAUUUAGAACAUAAUGGAGUAUUAAUUGAGAAUUUAAAGGAUUUUGAUACUGUAAAUAAAUUAGUUGAAGAAAGAGAUAAAUCAAAAGCAAAAACUUCAAAAAGUAAUUCUGGAAGUAGUAAUGAUAAAAUAGAGGAAUAUGACUCAAAAUCAAAUGAAAUAGGAAUGGAUAUAGAUGAUUACGAAAACAAUGAUAUUGAUGAAACAAAAAUAAUGACAGACGAUAUAAUUGAAAAUGAUUUAGAUGAUAUACAUAAUGAAGAAGAAGAAUUAGAAAAUAAUGAAGAUUAUAAUUUUAAUUCAGAUAUUUUAAAUAAAGAAAUUAAACAAGAUUAUAAUAAAUUAAAACAAAAAAUCAAUCAACAACAAUUCAAAAAUGAGGAAAAUAAAGAAUUUGAACCAAUUGAUGAAUUUGGAAAUACUGUUAAAAUUAGUAGAUUUAAAGCUAAUAAUCAAAAUCAUAGGUUUAAUUAG